UCUUUGUUUUUUCUGAUGGCUGCUGUUGCUUUUCCAGCUUCAAAUUCUUUUCAAAACCUAACAAACCACCACCACCGUCAAACCUCACCACCACCAUCACACCGCCCAAAUGUUUCCCUGUCUCGGUGGUCUUCCGUCCAGACACCACUCACAUGUAGCUCGGCGGAUGUUAAAUUAUUAAGAAAACACAAAAACAUGUUUUGUUGUAAUGUUUUGGGCGAAUAUGAGAGUGAAAGUGGCGCUGAAAAUGAAACUAAUAUUAAGGAUGAGGUUUUUGUUACUUUUUUUAGAGAAGCUUGGCCGUAUUUUACGGCCCAUCGUGGCAGUACUUUUGUUCUUCUUCUUUCUGCCGAAGUCUUAGAAAGUUCCCUUUUAGAUCCUAUUUUAAUGGAUAUAUCGCUUCUACAUGGAUUGGGAAUUAAAUUUGUUCUUGUUCCAGGGACACAUGUUCAAAUUGAUCAGCUUUUGGCUGACAAAGGACGUGAACCCAAAUAUGUUGGAAGAUAUAGAAUUACCGACUCUGAUUCUCUCAAAGCUGCGAUGGAUUCAGCUGGAAGAAUUCGAUUAAUGAUCGAGGCAAAGCUGUCCCCUGGACCAUCCUUAUGCAGCAUUCGUCGACAUGGUGAGAAUAGGCGAUGGCAUGACAGUGUGAGUGUUGCAAGUGGUAACUUUCUUGCAGCCAAGAAAAGAGGAGUUGUUGAAGGGAUUGAUUAUGGAGCCACAGGUGAAGUGAAGAAAGUGGAUGUUCAUCGAAUCCGUGAGAGGCUGGAUAAUGAUUCUAUUGUCAUCUUAAGCAACAUUGGAUAUUCCAGCUCUGGUGGUGUACUGAAUUGCAACACAUAUGAAGUUGCUACUGCUUGCGCUUUGGCUCUUGGAGCUGAGAAGCUUAUAUGCAUUAUAGAUGGUCCCAUUUUGGAUGAAUGGGGUCGGUUAAUCAGAUUUCUGACUCUUGAAGAUGCAGACAUGUUAAUUCGCAGACGAGCAAAGCAAAGUGAGAUUGCUGCUAAUUACGUGAAAGCCAUUGGCGAUGAGGAAUCUAAUUCCAUUCCGCCACAGAAUGGAAUGGCAUCUAGGGAUAGAUUUGCAACGUUUCAGAAUGGUGUUGGUUUUGACAAUGGAAAUGGUUUGUGGUCAAGUGAACAAGGGUUUGCCAUUGGAGGGCAAGAAAGACUCAGUAGAUCAAAUGGGUACUUAUCAGAAUUGGCUGCUGCUGCUUUUGUUUGCAGAGGAGGUGUCCAGAGAGUUCAUCUGCUAGAUGGGAAUAUUGCCGGAGUUUUACUUAAAGAAUUGUUUCAAAGAGAUGGAGUGGGGACUAUGGUUGCUAGUGAUCUUUAUGAAGGUACAAGAAUGGCAAAGGUGGACGAUCUUCCUGGAAUACGACAAAUCUUUAAGCCUUUAGAAGAUUCUGGAACUUUGGUUAGAAGGACUGAUGAGGAGCUACUUAACACGUUGGAUUCUUUCGUUGUGGUGGAGAGAGAAGGGCAAAUUAUUGCUUGUUCUGCUCUGUUUCCAUAUUAUGAAGAAAAGUGUGGGGAGGUUGCCGCUAUAGCUGUUUCUCCUGAUUGUCGGGGACAAGGACAGGGCGACAAGUUACUCGAUUAUAUUGAGAAGAAAGCUUCUUCGAUAGGAUUGCAAAGGCUUUUCUUGCUGACAACCCGCACUGCAGAUUGGUUUGUAAGGCGUGGUUUUUCCGAGUGCUCGAUCGAGUACAUACCGGAGGAAAGGAGAAAAAGGAUAAACCUAUCACGUGGAUCCAAGUAUUACAUGAAACAACUGCUGCCAGACACUAGUGGAAUCCGUGUUAAUAGUAUGUUUGCUUGACUGUGUAGUGGCAUAUCACUCCAUAGCUUGACACAACUAUGAGAGUAUAGCCAAGGCUUCUGAGAUAUUACCAUAAAUAAGAGAAGGCCAUAAGUUGGUAUGUGUUAUUUGGGUAGAUGUAUUAUUAUGUAAAUCGGCAUUAUAAAUAUGCCUGAAAGAAGGCAGUUUAGGGUCAAUGUAAAAUCAACCUUCGGCUUUGAGCCAUGAUUUUGUAUGGGAUUUGUAUCUAGGUUGCUUUGUACUUGUGUGAGUCCAAUAUAUAUGUACAUUUUGCGAGAGUGAUAAUAUUUAUAUGCCAUGAUUCUGUUAA